AUGGCGACCAGUUUGACAAACGCGACUCCGGCUCGAAAUGAGUUCUUUCAACAGCUUAAGCCAUGCUGCGUCUCAAUCAGCCAGUUGGCUAUCCGGCCACCUGAAGGCACAUCUUCAUUCAAACGGCUCACAGAAUUGACAACGGAGCUGUUUCACAUCCUCAGCGACCAGAUCAAUAAAGACGCUACGGUAAUGGAUGAGAAGCUUGCCGAUUAUGUCUUCUUCCCACUUUCACAUGUCUUCCGCAACCAAGAGCAUCAUCCUAAGCGGCUUGUCGAGCUCGCGGUCAAGUGCCUGACCAUUAUCAUCCAUCACGGUUGGAAAUCGAGCAUUUCGCCCCAAAUUAUGCAGCAGCUCCUUAUACUUCUCACCUUCAUCAUUGGGGGGGUUCCGGGUCGGGAGGAAACGCGUGAUCUUCCCGAAGAAACCGAACUAGAAUCACUAAGAGCCCUUACCACCCUAAUUACUGUGACCGGGUCGUCGGCAAAGGCAGCAGCAGCUCUGACCGAAGAGAAAAUGGUGCCGAAUCUUGGGCAUACCAUCACUGUCCUUCUGGUAUGUGUCACAGACGGCAGAACACCAGAGAUUCAGCUCGAAGCUCUACGCACUCUAGGCUGUUUCUACACCGGUAUCAGAGACCAUGGUGCCCUUGCAUCAUUCCUGCCUGGUGUAGUUUCAUCCUUGACUAAAAUCCUUGCCAAACCCCAGAGAGAGAAGACUAGAGUUCUUGUUGCGUCUAUUCAGGUCUUGAAACUUGUUAUCUUACAAGUUCUGGGAGAUGUCAAGACCCGAAGUAUCACUGCAAAUUUAACUCGCUCGACCUCUUCCGAGGCCGAAACGGGCGAACUACUAAGCCCGUCUUGGCUGAAAGCUACAUCAUCGCAGAUAAAGCUAGCUUUAACAACGGUUCUAAAGCUCCGCGGCCAUGAAUCUUUGGAUGUACGAGAGACGUUACUAGCAUUAUCUCUGGGGCUUCUUGACGAGUGCCAUACCACCCUGGAGACUUGUGCCUCAAUGCUGGUAGAAUCUGCUAUAGUUCUGUCCUCAACAGACCAUGCUCCAUCGAUGGCUGCAACAAGUCUACAAGAUCUAGCAAUCAUAUAUCCUGAACUCGGAGAAACUGUCAAGGUUACCUGCUAUAACUGGAUUACGAGCUUGCCACGGAUUAUGCAGUCUGCCGACGAAGGCAACAAACAGUCAGCCAUCCAUAAUCUCAGGAAAGGCAUGACUAUGGUGAGCACCUUGCAACUAGACUCUUCUCUUCUCGAUGAAUCAAUUGCGGCAGCUCUAAGAGAAAGCGUCACAUAUCUGAUAACCGGCACAAAAUCAAGCAAAAUCAUGGAUCAAGUGGCAACCGACGCUUCAUGGUACAGCCGAGAUGUUGUGAAGGCGGAAGAAGCCUCAAAACAGUAUCAAUUGACCUUGUUAAGCCAAGAGAGCCAAGCCGGAACAAGAUCAGCAAUAAUAGGCCUGCUCUCUCAAAUUGGCCCACCAUCUCAGCAGACCAAACUAGCCGCUGAAAUGCUGGAUUACGCCCGGGAUGCAACGGGUGAUGCCCAGACAGCGUCGUUUUGGUUAAGCUUUGAGCUCCUUAAAGCCUCAUUGUCUCGUUCCAACGAGUUGGAUGACCUUCUCGAUUUCUCCUCGUUAGGUCCUUCCGACGAGGGGGCCGAUGCCGUCUUUCAAGAAGUGUACUCAUUCGCCGUUAUGGUACUUGAUUCUCACUCAGAACUCUCCGAGGCUGAUUGGAGAUUGGAGGCUACUGCACUGGAGGUUACUUCAUUUGCAGCAUCUCGAUUGGGCGAGGCCUUUAGACCUGAACUUAUCGAUGUUCUGUACCCAACUACGACUUUCCUGGGCUCAACAAGUCCUUUACUGAGAGAACAUACCAUAACGACACUGAACAUAUUAGCCGCGUCUUGUGGAUACACGAGUGUGUCUGAGUUGAUUAUCGAGAACGUUGAUUACAUGAUCAACUCAAUUUCGCUACGCCUCAACACGUUCGAUAUCUCGCCGGCAUCCACAAAAGUGCUGGUUAUGAUGACCCGCCUAACAGGGCCGCGUCUACUGCCAUACCUGGACGAUGUGGUGGCAUCCAUAUUCGCCGCAUUGGAUAACUACCACGGGUACCCUCUUUUCGUGGAAAGUCUCUUCUCUGUUCUCAAGGAGGUUGUCAACCAAGGCGCAAAAUCUGACAAACUCCUGCUUGAAGGUCGACAGAAUGGCUCUGGUAACCACAAAAAGGUUGCCGCCAAGCCAGUCACUAUCGAGGAUAUCAUCGGCCUGCUGAAGCAACGGCAAAACAGAGAAAAGAAAGUGGCGAAUGAAGCAGAGGAAGAGGAACCCCAAGGGCAUCCGCAACAGCCCUGGGGAACUGAGAAGGCGGCAGAUGAAGACGAAGUGGACAACCGGGUUGACAAAGAGAAACCACCGAAGACUCCGACUUACAUCUUACUAGAAAAAAUCACGAGCCUUACACAGCAUUAUCUUACUUCAUCGAGCCCGACGCUACGAAAAUCGUUGCUCGAUCUCUUGGCAACCGUUUCGCCCGCCCUCUCUGGCGACGAGGACUCAUUUCUGCCCCUCAUCAAUGUCGUUUGGCCUGUCGUCAUCACUAGGCUCUACGACCAGGAAACUUUUGUAAGCAUUUCAGCAUGUGACUCUCUUUCAAUACUGUGCGUCACCGCAGGUGACUUCUUGAGUUCUAGGAUCAAGACAGAAUGGUGGGAUGGCUUGGGGAAGUGGUGUCGAGCAAAAAAGAUGGAGGCUGCGCGCGCCCAAAACAAGACAAGGACUCAUCAAGAUACGGACAGAAUUAGCGAAAGGACUGCUCCCACUGGUCAGGGCAUCAUCAUCCCCAUCCGCUCUGACAACGAUUUGCUGGGCCAACAAUCGACAGACGUUGCAGUUAGCACGGUAGCAGGCGGCCUGGGCAAGUUUUCUCAGGCAGCACAAAUCUGGGAGGCAGUUGUUCGACUGCUGACAGCCAUUGUGUCUCAUGUGCGCAUUGAGGCCGAGAUAUUCGACGAAUUCCUGGAGUUGAUGGCAGAAGUUAUCCAAAAAAAUCCGGAGGCACGCCAAGCGCUUGAAGCAGUCAACUCUGAUGCCGUCUGGUUUGCACUGUAUCAACGAGGGCACAUAGAAGCGAUGCGGACGCCGCAACUUGAUGGGUACACAUUCACGCCAUUGCCUAGAAUGGGUUAA